AUGACCGGCAAACUCGCCGAGAAGCUGCCGGUGACCAUGAGCAGUUUGCUAAACCAACUGCCUGACAAUCUGUACCCCGAGGAGAUCCCCAGCGCGCUCAACCUCUUUUCUGGCAGCAGCGACUCGGUAGCCCAUUACAAUCAGAUGGCUACAGAGAAUGUGAUGGACAUCGGUCUGACCAACGAGAAGCCCAACCCGGAACUCUCAUAUUCGGGCUCCUUCCAGCCAGCCCCCGGCAACAAGACCGUGACCUACUUGGGAAAGUUCGCCUUCGACUCCCCUUCCAACUGGUGCCAGGACAACAUCAUUAGCCUCAUGAGCGCCGGCAUUUUGGGGGUGCCCCCAGCCUCUGGGGCACUCAGCACGCAGACCUCCACGGCCAGCAUGGUGCAGCCGCCGCAGGGGGACGUAGAGGCCAUGUAUCCGGCGCUGCCCCCUUAUUCUAACUGCAGUGAUCUCUACUCGGAGCCUGUGUCUUUCCACGACCCCCAGGGCAACCCCGGGCUCGCCUAUUCCCCCCAGGAUUACCAAUCGGCCAAACCGGCCUUGGACAGCAACCUCUUCCCCAUGAUUCCCGACUACAAUCUAUACCACCACCCCAACGACAUGGGCUCCAUGCCGGAGCACAAGCCCUUCCAGGGCAUGGACCCCAUCCGGGUCAACCCGCCCCCUAUUACCCCGCUGGAGACCAUCAAGGCAUUCAAAGACAAGCAGAUCCACCCGGGCUUUGGCAGCCUGCCCCAGCCGCCGCUCACGCUCAAGCCCAUACGGCCUCGCAAGUACCCCAACCGACCUAGCAAGACCCCUCUCCACGAGCGGCCACACGCGUGCCCGGCGGAGGGCUGCGACCGCCGCUUCAGCCGCUCGGACGAGCUGACCCGGCAUCUGCGCAUCCACACGGGCCACAAGCCCUUCCAGUGCAGGAUCUGCAUGCGGAGCUUCAGCCGCAGCGACCACCUUACCACUCACAUCCGCACGCAUACGGGCGAGAAACCCUUUGCCUGCGAGUUCUGCGGGCGCAAGUUUGCGCGCAGCGACGAACGCAAGCGCCACGCCAAGAUCCACCUCAAGCAAAAAGAGAAGAAAGCGGAUAAGGGGGGUGCGCCUUCUGCGUCCUCGGCGGCCCCGGUGUCCCUGGCCCCUGUGGUCACCACCUGCGCCUGAGGCUCGGGCCCCCAGAUCCCACUUUUCCCCUUCAGUGUCUCCCGGCUGCUCGCCUGAAUGCGCAGCCGAAAAGCUAGCUACGGAGGCGCAGGGGCCGCGCCCUGGCCUCUCCAUGGACGUAAGGCCCCUUGUUUCCCUUCGCUGUCCCCGUCUCCACCCUUUCACAUCGGCCGACGGUCGGGGGCCAGGGCAGAGGCGCCCUCCCCUCGCUGCCCACCCCUUAGCCAAGGCGUGGGGGCGGAAAGGUGGCGUCUAGCCCGCUUUGUUCAGUUCGGAUCGUCUUGAUCCAGGGGCCGCCGGGCCGGGCCAAGGACCUGCCGGGGACUGAAGGCGGGGUCCGCCCAAGCCUCGCCGGACCCAAGCACCUCACGGUUCCCCCCACGUG